CAAAGGUGCGUACGCUUGAAGAGUAGAUUUACGCCAAUGGUGGUUGAUAGUGUAAAUUUUUCUGUAUGUGUGUAUCCUAUGAUUAAAAUUUUAAUAAUCAUUCUAUUAAAAUAAAUUGAGACAGAUUUCAGUUUAUUUGGCCAUAUAUUUCUGUUGCCUAAGAAUAAAAUCAUCUUUCUAUGGAUACUGAUGAAAGUGAAGCAACAUCACCUCUGCACGAUCGAUGGAUGAGUUUAACAGCAAACAUUGAGAAAGGAAUUUCUGAAAAAUGGUGGGAUAUCCUGAAAUCAAAAUAUACAGAUCCCUCACGCAAAUAUCACACAUUCAGUCACCUACAGAAUAUGUUUAAUCACAUGGAUUCUCAUAUUAAUGAAAUUCAACAUAAAGAUGCAAUGUCAUAUGCCAUUUUUUUCCAUGAUUUAGAAUAUGAUAUUCAUUCCCAGGAGAAUGAAGAAGAAAGCAUCAAACAUUUUAAGCAAUUUUCUGAAGAUUCUAAGUUAAUACAGGAUCAUAAAUUAAUGGAAGUAGUUGAAGCAUUGAUCAUGGCAUCGAAAGCACAUUGUACAGAAGAACAUAAACAGGAAGGAAUGUUUGGAACUGAAGAUAUGCAUUAUUUUUUAGAUUUUGAUGUUAGUAUUUUAGGUGCGGAAUCUGCAGAUUAUAAAAAAUAUGCUUCACAAAUUGCAGAAGAAUACGCUUUUUUGCCAUCUUCAAAAUAUAAAUUUAUGCGUUCUAAGGUAUGUAUUUAUAAUCAUACUAAACAUCUGGAUAAUGUUCUGGUGUUUAGUAAUGAGAGAAAUAUGUGGAAAUCAGAAGGUGUGGGAUCUGGUAGUGGAAGGAGUAGAACAUCCCAACUAGGCUCCAACAACUUUCAUCGAGUUAUCAAAGAUGCAUGA